GUGUUUCUCAUCAAGUAUCCUCCUUGGGAGUCUUCUGUUGGUCAUGAUCUCAGGUUUUGAAUCAGCAACUUUUAGUAAUGAGACAGAUGGUCAAGCUUUGCUCGACUUCAAGAAUCGGAUAACUGAGGAUCCACUUCAAAUUAUAAGCUCAUGGAAUGAUUCUCUUCAUUUCUGCAAGUGGUGGGAGAGUCAUGAUUCUGAACUUGGAGUCACAAGGUUGGUUGGUUCCAUACCACCCUCCAUAGGCAACCUGACAUUUCUAACUGGAAUCAACCUUCGAAACAAUAGCUUCAAUGGUGCAAUUCCGCAAGAAAUGGGACGCUUAAUACACCUACAACAUCUCAAUUUCACUUACAAUUCCUUUGUUGGACGUAUUCCGACUAAUAUCACUCACUGCACAGAACUUACAGUGCUUGAUUUAGUAUAUAAUGAGCUUGUUGGGCAGAUUCCAGACCAGCUCAGCUCACUGUCAAAAUUGUUAUCAUUGGUCUUAGCCUCAACAAUCUUACAGGCGUUUCAUUAUCAAAUGCUUCCAGCCUUCAAGUGCUCGAUUUCGCUGAAAAGUCUUACUGGGACUGUGCCAACGAAUCUUGGAAGGUUACAAGUUAUAUACAGAAUUAACUUUGAUGAUAAUAUUCUAGGAAAGGGGGAUAUUGGCGACCUGCUGACUUUCUUAAGAAAUUGCACUAGACUGGAGGUGUUGGGCUUGGCUAUAAAUCAAUUUGGAGGCGAGUUGCCCAACUCCAUAGCUAACCUUUCGACCAGCCUCAAAAUACUUACUCUUGGCAACAAUUUGUUACACGGAAACAUUCCCUACGAAAUUGGGAACCUUUUCAACUUGACAGUUCUAGGCCUGGAAAGGAACUUUCUAACUGACAAAGUCCCUGAUGCUGUGGGAAAACUUCAACAGUUGGGGCGCCUGGAUUUGAAUGGUAACAAUUUGUCUGGGCCAAUUCCAUCCUCCCUUGGUAACUUAACAUCAUUAACCAUGCUCUUUAUGGAGGAGAAUGGACUAGAAGGAACCAUUCCUCCAAGCCUAGGAAAAUGCCUAAACCUGGAGCAGUUGAACAUUAGUAGUAACAAACUCAGUGGCACAAUACCGAAAGAGGUCAUUGCUAUCUCUUCCCUUUCCAUUUCUUUGCCAAUGUCUCAUAACUUUUUGACUGGUUCCCUGCCUAUGGAAGUUGGCAAGUUGAGAAACCUCAUGGAGCUAGAUGUUUCAGAUAACAGAUUAUCAGGUGAAAUUCCCAGCACACUCAGCACCUGUCUUAGUUUGGAGCGCCUGCUUGUGAAGAAUAAUUUGCUUCAAGGAACCAUUCCUGAAUCUUUGAAAACAUUGAGAGGGCUACAAGUGAUUGAUUUUUCACAUAAUAACUUUUCUGGACAGAUUCCAGAAUUUUGGGAAAGCUUUCUUCUCUCAAGAAACUCGAUCUUUCAUUCAAUAAUUUCAAUGGCGAAGUGUCAAGGGAAGGCAUCUUUGCAAAUGCUAGUGCAAUUUCCAUCCUGGAAAAUGAUGAAUUAUGUGGAGGUGUCCCGGAACUACAUUUGCCUGCAUGCUCUCAAGAUAACUCCCACUCAUCAGCAAAACUCCUUUCCCUGCAAGUAG